AUGUCUAAAAGUAGUGCAGAAGAACAAAUUGCGUAUUAUACCAAAAAGAUUAAAAAACUUAAAAGUAAAGAAAGCAAACGUCGUAAACGUGUUAUUGUUUAUUCGGAUUCAUCGGACAGCGAAGAAAACUUGGGUGUCGCUAUAAACGAGAAUAUUGCAGACAGUGAAACAACUGCUCGGUCGAAUAAUGAUCUUGAGGCGUCUACGUCAGAUCAGGGGUUGAACUUGAUGGAUAAUGAUCAGUCGAAUAAUGAUCCAGAGACUUCGAUAUUAGACACGACUUUGCCCUCGUUAGACCCUGACGUGCUCAUAGCUUUAGGGGAACUUCUCCCGGAAGAAGUUACCUACGGAGAGGACAUACACCCAGAUUUAGCGCAGAGAUGGGCUCCAAUCCUGCGCAAAGGAUUGCCUGAUAAGGAACAAAAAGAGAAGCUAGUUAAGGAAUAUGCUAUACCAAAAAAUUGCAAGCUGUUUCGAGCUCCUCUUCUUAAUCCAGAAAUCGCUGCUGCAGUUUCUGAAUUCGCUCGUACACGAGACAAAAAGAUCGAAUGUUCUCAACAACAAUUGGGUGUAGGCCUAACGGCGAUCAAUAGAGCUAUGACACUUUUGCUCACGAGUGACAAUAAGAUACAAGCUAUUAAAUGUUUAUCAGACGCUUGUCGGGUCUUAUCAGAUCUACAUGCUUCAGAAACGAAAACGCGAACAAAGUCUUUAACACAAGGCUUAGAAAAGUCCUUCCUAAACUUGAUUCAGGAUACUGAACGUGACGAGCUGCUUUUUGGUGCUGGCUUGCCAGAAAAAAUCAAAGCUUCAAAAGCCAUCGAAAAGCAAGGAUCCCAAAUUAAGAAACCGGACAACAAGACGAAUCCAGCUACAUCGGCUUUACGUACGACAAGGCCUCAGGGAAACUGGAGAGGCCCCUCUCGCUCGACGCCGAACAGGGGGGGGCGCGGAGGUUCCAGGAAACCUUACACGAAUCAGAAACCUGCGACGCAACAGACCAGCUUCAACCCAUCGAGAGUUUGGAACAAACCUCCCCGUGCAGGCCCUCGGACAUAGAGGUACACGCCGGUAGAUUGCAAUAUUUCUAUAGUUGUUGGUGUAAUAUAACUGACAAUAGACUUUUCUUAAAUUGGAUUCGAGAUGGUUACCCAAUACCAUUUUGUAAAAAGGUAAAUAUGGUGGCGGACAGGCAUCGUAACUGGCUACCGAAAGAAAAGACUGAGAUGUCUAAAGCUAUUCAAAAAUUACUCCAUCUUGGGGCCAUUACUGAAUGUAAACCAUCUCGAAAUCAAUAUUUAUCGGACAUUUUCCUAGCUCCGAAACCUAAUGGAGAUAGUCGAUUUAUUUUGAAUUUAAAAUCGUUGAACAAAUCCAUACAAAAAACACAUUUUAAAAUGGAAGAUUAUAGGACGGUUUCUCUUUUAAUUUCACAUGGUUGUUUCAUGGCCACAAUAGACCUGAAGGAAUCAUAUUUAUUAGUUCCGAUUAAUCCCAAGCAU